GUAAUUCUUUUCAUGAAAAAAUGCCAUGAGCGCAGAAGGCAUCGAUCCUGCGGUGUUUGAGCUCAUCGUCCCUUCUCAGUUCCUCUCUUUCUCUUUUCCCAACCCUCUAGCAUCUCCAGGAAACCCCUACGCCGAUGCCCUCCGAGUCGCCGUCGCCGAUUCCCCGUCUUCCACAUCGAAUCCUUCUCUACCAGCGAUCGCCGCCGUCCUUGUCCCUCACGGUCGCGAAGACGAUUGGGUAUUUUCCACCGCAGCCGGCCACUUUCAGCUCCUCCUUUUCUUGUCAUCUCCUAAACUUACCAUCUCCCGCCUCGUCCUCAUUGGCGACCUCCCAUCCCCCUCGUCCUCCUUGCCGCGACCCUAUCAUCGUUCCCAGCCAGACGGCGAAGGGAAGUUAUUGGAUUGCUUCCAGGAGAGCCUCACCCCUCUUCUCCUUGCCUUAUGCCCUAAAGCUGCGUUUUUGAAUGGCGUGCCGACGAUCCCCUUUCUGUCCUAUGAGGAUAACGUCAUUCGAUCCACUCCUGUUGAGAGGUUAGUAGGUCCCUCCGCCGGGGAGAUGCUGGUGGAGGACGUCGAGAUUGACCUAUCGCCUUCGUUGCCGGAGCGCCGUCGCCGGUUGCGGUUCAAGAAGAUGCCCAAUCUCAUUCAGACCCAGGUACGGCUCCUUCCCGAAUCUGUUGAUGCUGGAAUCUUUCGGCCGGAGACGGGUUCGUUGGUUCAACCUUAUCUUUCACCCAUGGUUUCCGCGCUUUUUUUGAACGCUUCUGCUAUCGAUGAUGCCUUUGCUUCUGGCUGUGCGCCAUGGGUUCUAUGCGUUGGGGUUGGUGGAGGGCCGCUGCUCGCAUCUCUAAGAUGCCAUUUAGGGUUUGGUGUAUUAGGUGUGGAGGCCGAUGUUGUUGUUUUGAGCGUUGCAAGGAGGCAUUUUGGACUAGUUGAAGGUGAGUUCUUGAAGGUGGUUGUGGAUGAUGGGAUCAAAUUAAUCGAGGAUUUUGCGCUAGAACGAUCGAAGGGAAAUCUUUUUCAUGCCAUCAUGGUGGAUUUAGAUGAAGAGGAUCCUAUGAAAGGUAUCGGUGCGCCACCAGCGGAGUUUUUGCAAGUGAGUGUUCUUGUUGGGGCAAGAAUGGCUCUUUAUCCGGAUGGGAUUCUGGUAGUAAAUGUUAUUCCUUCGAAUGAAUCAUCAUAUGCAAAUAUGAUUAAGCUUUUUCGAGAGGUUUUCUGUGAAUUGUAUGAACUGAGAGUAGAAAAUGGGGAGAAUUUUGUUAUUAUUGCAACGGUUUCUCCAAUUGGAUCGGUUGCAAAGAAGAUGAAGAAGCAGGUUGGAAUUUAUGAGAAGUUGAAGAAGUUAGAUUGUGAGAGAUUUAUAGAUCGUAUAAAGAAGAUCUGAUAUUUGAUUUGAAGAUCAAGUUGUGGAUAAAGCCUUUAUGUUUGUAAAGAUUUGCCAUUUUUGGCGGAGUUUGUCCACUGUAGUUUUCUUUUUUCAUUUUUUCCCAGAAAAUAAAACUCUUGUUAAGUUGAUGAGAAAUUCAUUUAGUAAACAUAUGAAAUUUUAUGAAUAAAAGUAACUAACUUUCAAUUA